AUGUCAUCUCCUUUCCCAAAUGAUACACCAAGCAGUGUUCGACCAUCAAACUCAUCUCCACCACCUUCAUCCAUAGGUGGAGGUUUUGGUAGUAGUACUGCUGGAUUUGAUCAUGAUUCACAAGUAGAUAUGUCAAGGUUACAAUUUCCAAGUUCCUCUCAGUCACAGUCUCACUUACAACAAAAUAAUCAUCUCGGGAAUCCGUCAUCUUCGCAAUUCAGUACGCAAAAUCAAUUCCAUACUGAACUUGCAGCAGCAACCUCAGGAGAAGGUGAUGAAGAUGUACCUGUCUCAGGGUUAAGAGGUAGAUCAUUGAACCAUGUUAAGAAAGUAGAUGAUGUUACGGGUGAAAAAGUUCGUGAAGCUUUUGAACAAUUUUUAGAAGACUUUUCCAUUAAGAAUGAUGAAACAGGUGAGACUGAUAAAAUUUAUCGUGCUCAAAUUGAGUUUAUGAAAGUUUACGAUUUGAAUACUAUUUAUAUUGAUUACCAACAUUUAGCAAUGAGAGAAAAUGGAGCCCUAGCUAUGGCUGUUUCUGAACAAUAUUAUAGAUUUUUACCAUUUUUACAAAAGGGUUUGAAAAGAAUUGUGAGGAAAUAUGCUCCUGAUUUAUUAUUGACUACUGAUACAUUAAAUAAGAAAAGUUCACUUGACGACGAGGAAGAUGAAGAUGCUGGAGUACCUUCUUCAUUACCUACUGGGAGUAAUGCAUCUGGGUUAGCAACAAAAUCAACCACAACUAAUUCGCCAGAACAAACUGAAAGAGUAUUCCAAAUUAGUUUUUUCAAUUUACCAGUGGUAUUUAGGAUCCGUGAUAUUAGAUCUGAAAAGAUUGGGUCCUUAUUAAGUAUAUCAGGUACAGUAACUAGAACGUCGGAGGUACGCCCGGAGUUAUAUAAGGCAAGUUUUACAUGUGAUAUGUGUCGUGCUAUGGUUGAUAAUGUGGAACAAUCAUUUAAAUAUACAGAACCAACAUUUUGUCCCAAUCCAUCUUGUGAAAAUAGAGCAUUUUGGACAUUGAAUGUUUCUAGAUCGAAAUUUUUAGAUUGGCAAAAAGUUAGGAUUCAAGAAAAUGCUAAUGAAAUUCCAAGUGGGUCCAUGCCACGUACUUUAGAGGUUGUACUUAGAGGUGAUUGUGUGGAGAGAGCUAAACCAGGUGAUAGAUGUAGAUUUACCGGUGCUGAGAUUGUUGUUCCUGAUGUUACUCAAUUAGGUUUACCAGGUGUUAAACCAACAAGUUCCAUGGAUACCAGAGGUAUUUCGAGAAGUACAGAGGGACUAAAUAGUGGAGUUACAGGUUUACGUUCACUUGGUGUUCGUGAUUUAACUUAUAAGAUUAGUUUCUUAGCUUGUCAUGUUAUUAGUAUUGGAUCUAAUACAGAUGCUACUAAUAAUUUGGGGACAACUGAUAAUGAAUUACAAUUGGCUGCCACCUUACAAGGUUCUAAUGUGUAUCAAGAUUAUGAAAAGGAUCAAGAAAUUUUUUUGAAUAGUUUGAAUGCAGAAGAAAUUAAUGAAUUGAAAGAAAUGGUUAAAGAUGAACAUAUCUAUGAUAAAUUAGUAAGAUCCAUUGCUCCUGCAGUGUUUGGACAUGAAGCAGUUAAGAAAGGUAUCUUAUUACAAAUGCUUGGUGGUGUUCAUAAGAGUACAGUCGAAGGAAUUAAAUUAAGGGGUGAUAUUAAUAUUUGUAUUGUUGGUGAUCCCUCUACAUCCAAAUCGCAAUUUUUAAAAUAUGUUUGUGGAUUUGUUCCCAGAUCUGUUUAUACAUCUGGUAAGGCAUCAUCUGCAGCCGGGUUAACCGCUGCAGUAGUUAGAGAUGAAGAAGGUGGUGACUAUACUAUUGAAGCUGGUGCAUUAAUGUUAGCUGAUAAUGGUAUUUGUUGUAUUGAUGAGUUUGAUAAGAUGGAUAUUUCAGAUCAAGUUGCCAUUCACGAAGCUAUGGAACAACAAACGAUAUCUAUUGCAAAGGCAGGUAUUCAUGCUACUUUGAAUGCAAGAACAUCAAUUCUUGCUGCUGCAAAUCCAAUUGCCGGUAGAUAUAAUAGGAAAUUAUCAUUACGUGGGAAUUUAAAUAUGACUGCUCCAAUUAUGUCUCGUUUUGAUUUAUUUUUUGUGAUUUUAGAUGAUUGUAAUGAGAAGAUUGAUACUGAGUUAGCGUCUCAUAUUGUUGAUUUACAUAUGAAAAGAGAUGCAGCUAUUAAUUCACCAUUUACUACUGCUCAAUUACGUCGUUAUAUUAGAUAUGCUCGUACUUUCAAACCUAUCUUAACGAAGGAAGCUCGUGAAUAUCUUGUUGAGAAAUAUAAAGAUUUGAGGAAAGAUGAUGCACAGGGGUUCAGUAAAUCAAGUUAUAGAAUUACCGUCAGACAAUUAGAAAGUAUGAUUAGAUUAUCUGAAGCUAUUGCUAGAGCUAAUUGUGUUGAUGAAAUUACACCAGGUUUCAUUGCUGAAGCUUAUGAUUUGUUAAGACAAAGUAUUAUUCGUGUUGAUGUUGAUGAUAUUGAAAUUGAUGAAGAUGCGGAAGAAGAGAACGAGGAACAAGACCAUACAGAUAAUGGUUCUCAUCCAGACAAUCAUGAUACAGGGAAUACCAGUUCUAAUGAUGAUGAUGGUAAUGAUGAUGAUGGUUCUAAUGGGCCUGCUAUGAUUAUAAAGGACGAAUCUUCUCAUUCAAAGAAAAAGAACAAGACGACUAUUACAUAUGACAAAUAUGUUUCUAUAAUGAAUGUUGUUGUACAUAAGAUUGCUCAAGUGGAAAGGGAAGAAAGUAAAGAAUUAACGGCGGUAGAUAUUGUUGAUUGGUAUUUAUUGCAAAAGGAGGAUGAUUUAAACUCUGAAGAUGAAUAUUGGCAUGAGAGGAAACUUGCAUUUAAAGUUUUGAAACGUUUAGUUAAAGAUAGGAUACUGAUGGAAAUUCGUGGUACUAGAAAUGAAUUAAGUGAACAAGAUAUGAAUGAAGAAGAUCAUCAUAAUGAUAAUGAUUCUGAUAAAGUUGUUUAUGUUAUUCAUCCGAAUUGUGAACUAUUAGAUAUCUUGGAACCAGAGCAACUACCUUCUUCUAAUGGUGGGUCUCCUUGA